CGACACUUCUCCCCGCCUGUGCUUGCUGCGCAAUCUACAAACGACAUUGACCUUGUUGCACUGAUGCUCUCGCCUUUGCCUCCAGAAUAUCGCACCAAUCACAAGGUGACGAGUGGUUUUGUGUUAUAACAGUCUCAAUCAGGCUGGACCGCCACGUGGCGGUCAGUGUCUAGAUGUUUGCUGCCUGAUCGCCUGACCCCAGCCUGAUCUCAGCCGCACCACCCUGUCAACUAUCACAACUUGCCGAACAUGAACCCCGUUGUCGAAUCCUGUUAUGCCACCGUUCCGAUACCAUCAAGGAGCGUGCAAACUUACUAUUCCCCUCUCGACUGUACAACCGUGUAUCCUGCCUUCUGACGAGCCACAUGGGAUCCGUUCCCGCUCCCCACGACCGCCGCGGCUUUGAGAUUGCCGUGAUAUGCGCACUCCCCCUGGAAGCAGAAUGCGUACAAGAGGUAUUUGAUAAGUUCUGGGAAGAUGAAGGCAAGAGAUAUAGGAAAGCGGCGGGGGAUCCCAACGUGUACACCCCUGGGGUGAUAGGCGACCACAACGUGGUGCUUGCCUACAUGCCCGGGAUGGGAACCACCAGCGCCGCGGCCGUCGCAGGAGCCAUGCGAGUGAGCUUCUCCAACAUUAAACUCGCUCUGGUGGUUGGAAUCUGCGGAGGCAUGCCCUAUGAUGCCGAUGGAAACGAGAUUUUGCUCGGCGAUGUGAUCAUCAGCCAAGCUCUCGUACAAUAUGACUUUGGAAGGCAAUACCCGGAGGGAUUCAGGAGGAAGACCGGUGUGCAAGACACUCUUGGCCGACCCAGUCCAGAGAUCCGAGCCAUCCAGGCCAAACUGGGGACGAGUCGCUAUCGGCAAAGAAUGCAAAAGGAUAUCGCCACAUUCCUCGAGGAUUUGGAGAAGAAGCUGCCGAAGACGAAGGCUCCUGCUCGGGAGAAUGAUAUACUCUAUCACUCCUCCUACGUGCAUCAGCACCAUCCACCAGAAGGAUGCGAGUGUGGUGAAGAGGACCAAAUAUGUGUGACCGCUCUUCAGUCAAACUGCGAAGAUCUCGGCUGUGGGACUGUUAUGCGAGUUACACGCCAUCGCUUGGGCAAUACAAUGACGGAACCUAUUGUCCAUUUUGGUGUCACGGGUUCCGGGAAUACCGUGAUGAAAUCGGGACGGCAUCGCGAUCAAGUGGCCAAGGUCGACGGAAUCAUUGCGUUCGAGAUGGAAGGCGCUGGUGUUUGGGACUAUUUCCCGAGCAUCGUCAUUAAAGGAGUGUGUGACUACGCUGACAGUCACAAGAGGAAGGGCUGGCAAAGGUAUGCCGCGGCCACGGCAGCGUCAUGUAUGAAAGCUUUUUUGAUGGAGUGGGCUCCGCGGGAGAGAUCGUCUAGUCCAGUUAACGAGAUCAACGCCAAAACGUAUUUUGUCAUUCCAGUGCAGCGAGUGAAAGAUUUCAUCGGUCGUCAAGAGGAGCUUCGCCAAAUUCGAGCGUACUUUCACGAACGGAUCGAUAGACCUCGAGUCUUAGUGCUCCACGCAAUGGGAGGACAGGGCAAGAGCCAAAUUGCUCUUGAAUACUGUCAACAGCAGCGAAAACAAUAUCGUGGGAUCUUCUGGAUCAACAGCAGCUCUAAAUCUACCCUGACACAAGCUAUUGUCAGCAUUGGACGCGAAAUCAAUAUAGCAGCAACGGAAGCAUUGGGUGACGACGAUGCGAAGAUCGCUUUUGCUCUCCGUACACUCGAACAGUGGGACGAGCGUUGGCUCAUGGUGUUUGACAAUUAUGAUGAUCCGGCCACUUUCUCGGAUAUCGAGCAGUUUAUCCCUCGAGGUGCCCAAGGGGAUGUUCUCUUCACCAGUCGUCAUCGGGGUCUGGGAGAGUUAGGGCGUAUCAUCGAUAUCCCACCUAUGCCGGACAAGGCCGGUGUCGAGUUGCUUCUGCAUCGAUAUAUCGGCAUCAAUGUGAACCAAUACCUGUCUGAAGGCUCUACCAUCGUGAGACGGCUGGGGGGUCUAGCCUUGGCCAUCGACCAAGCAUCCGCCUAUAUGUCGUAUCAGCAGCUACCGGUCUCCCGGUUGCGUGAUUUCUUGGCGCGCUUUGAGGCGGAGCGGAAGAAGGUGCUUCAGUAUACGGCUGAACAUUUUUGGCGAUACAUGAAGAUUGACGAUGAGAACGGGCGGGGGAAAGCCAUCAAUGCAUUCACCACGUGGGAAAUGUCAUUCCAACAACUCCUCUCGGACUGGGAUCCGCCCCAGGCCGUGGAGCACUUUCUCACCCUUGCGGCGUUCCUGGGUCCUGCUCGAGUCAAUGAGUUUCUGUUUAAGUUCCACCGAGAGCUGGAGGACCCUACACCGGACUGGUGCGACAUUUUUACGCCUUCCUGUCGCUCAGACGAUGACAGCUCGUCCAGCGACACCGAGGAAGAAGUUGACCGCCAAGAGCAAGUAAUACGUGACCAGCCCGCGAAGUCUCACGACACGGCCCCAGAAGGUUUGAAGAAGAUGUGGGACGCUGAAAAAUUUUGGCGUCUCCUCCGGCAGGCGCACCAGAUGUCGCUCUUACAAGAUAUCUUACCAUCGACACCGUCCGAAGGGGCCAGCUUUGUGCUGCAUCCGCUGAUUCGCGACUGGCUGCAAUUACGAUUACGCUCGAAAGAGCGGCAGACGUAUACUCGCGAGGGUGUCGAUGUGGUUGUUAGUUCUAUUCGAACUUAUCAAAACCGGGUUAGCGAUGCCACGAUCAAGCGGUCGAUUCUUCUGCACAUGGAUGCCACUCUCUUGACAGUGAGAGACUUCCUUGAAGAUGGUACUCGACUGGGUCAGGAUAUUACGAGCUGUAAUAACGCGGAUUGGUUUGCUUCAUUCUAUCGAGACCAGGGACAUUUCGAUGCUAGUCUCAAUUUACAUCGUACAGUCAUUAUGACAAAAAUGAGGGUGCUAGGGAAGGAGCAUCUAGAUACGCUAACGAGCAUGAAUAACCUCGCCACCGUACUGAGCCAUCAGGGAAAGUACGAGGCGGCGGAGCAGAUGUAUCGAGAGGUGAUGGAAGUGAUGGAGAGGGUGCUAGGGAAGGAGCAUCUAUCGACGCUAACGAGCAUAAAUAACCUCGCCUUAGUACUAAGCCAUCAGGGAAAGUACGAGGUGGCAGAGCAGAUACAUCGAGAGGCGGUGGAAGUGAUGGAGAGGGUGCUAGGGAAGGAGUAUCCAGAUACGCUAACGAGCAUGAAUAACCUCGCUUUAGUACUAAGCUAUCAGGGAAAGUACGAGGUAGCAGAGCAGAUGUAUCGAGAGGUGAUGGAAGUGAUGGAGAGGGGAAAGUACGAGACGGCGGAGCAGAUAUGUCGAGAGGUGGUGGAAGUGAGGGAGAGGGUGCUAGGGAAGGAGCAUCCAGAUACGCUAAGGAGCAUAAAUAACCUCGCCGGGGUGCUAAGCUAUCAGGGAAAGUACAAGACGGCGGAGCCGAUAUAUCGAGAGGUGGUGGAAGUGAGAGAGAGGGUGCUAGGGAAGGAGCAUCCAUCGACGCUAACGAGCAUGAACAACCUCGCCGGGGUGCUAAGCCAUCAGGGAAAGUACGAGGUGGCAGAGCAGAUACAUCAAGAGGCGGUGGAAGUGACGGAGAGGGUACUAGGGAAGGAGCAUCCAUCGACGCUAACGAGUAUGAACGACCUCGCCGCGGUACUAAGGCAUCAGGGAAAGUAUAAGGCGGCGGAGCAGAUGUAUCGAGAGGUAGUGGAAGUGAGGGAGAGGGUACUAGGGAAGGAGCAUCCAGAUACCCUAACGAGCAUAGGUAACCUCGCCACCGUACUGAGCGAUCAGGGAAAGUACGAGACGGCGGAGCAGAUAUAUCGAGAGGUGAUGGAAGUGAGGGAGAGGGUACUGGGGAAGGAACAUCCAUCGACGCUAACGAGUAUGAAUAACCUCGCCACCGUGCUGAGCGAUCAGGGAAAGUACGAGGUGGCGGAGCAGAUACAUCGAGAGGUGGUGGAAGUGAGGGAGAGGGUGCUAGGGAAGGAGCAUCUAUCGACGCUAACGAGCAUGAACGACCUCGCCGGGGUGCUGAGCGAUCAGGGAAAGUACGAGGCGGCGGAGUAAGUUCAAGUCGUGAUUGUCGUGGGGAUAUUAGGAGUCUUCGGGUUCGACCAUCCUCACAGUAAAAUUGGUAUCAACAUCAUGCUCGCAAUAUGGAAACACCAAGACAUGGAUGAACGUACAAUGGAAAACGCGCUUCUUGCACUCCUUCAUGAGGCGGUAAGGGGAACCAGUCCACUGCACCAGGAGCCUCGAGAGACAACAGAGGACAGCGCAGCGGAUCUUGGGGCGGUAUAUCACCGAGGACACGCAGAGGGUGAAUGUUUAUAUUGCAG